AUGACCUUAUUUAAAAUAAGAUCUUCACCCAUGGUAGUAUUUGAAGAUGAUUACAAUAAAAACAUUUUACCCCUUGUAAAAGAUGUCUUACGAGAUAACCUCAAUAUGAAUAUUUUUUCCUACGAACAUUCAACAAAACUUUGGGAGAACAUUUUCAGAGAAAAGAUCGUACAAUGUUACAGUAAAUUUGUUCCAGAAAUGUUCAAAGAGUACACUGACCAACAAUGCUGUAUUUUAAUAGAUUCCAUAAACCAAAUGGCAUUAAAUUUGGGCUGGUACAAAUGCUUAAAGUACAUCAAAAUGCUUAAAAAUAAUCAAAACGUCAAGAAACUUAUUGUAGUACUGCAUAAAGAUUGCUUACAAUUUUCAUCCAAAUUACAAAAACAUUUAAAUCAUAUAGCAAAUGCGACUGUUUCAUUUAAUGAUAAUAAUUCAUUUAUGAUUACAGUGCAAUUGAAAAUAGGUAAUAAGUUAAUAAAAACUGAAGAAAUUUUGUCUUAUGAUCAGCUUACAUCUGUUUUAAAAUGUGAAAAAGUAAUUAAAGAGAUACCCAAAGAAGAAGAACCUGCAAAACCUACUCCAGACAGCCUUUCUACUUUUAAAAUAGAAGUAGAUCAAACUCAAAAGUUGGAAAAAUAUAAAUUAAAGUUACCAUAUAUGAGUAAAAUAAAUGAAGGCCAGAGUAAAGUUUACUAUGAACCCGAUGCAGUUGAUGACUGGGAUGAUGAAGAUCCAGAUGAUGAUCUUGAUAUAUAA